AUGGGUCCAGAAGAGACCAUGGCACUCUGUUGUCCUGUAAAUCACAAACCAAACGGAUUUAUUUGCUCGUACGAUAUAGGGCCUCUUAGCACGUUCCCUGCCAGCUACAGCUCUGCGUGCAUCGACACGCAAGUAGAUAAGGGCCGCACUCUUGUCACAGAAACAAUAGUAGGACCAGAAACGACCACUGUCAUCCAGCGAAGUGGCUACACAGCUCGGCCCUCCCUUUAUCAAGUCCCUAUCAACGAGACUGUCUACGACGAUCCCGGCAGCGAGUUCUAUCUUGGGCCUGCUGACAACUUUGUGCAGAGCAACAAGGGAAUGCUGAUUCUCAUCCAAUCCAAAGGAGAUUCUGGCAAGGAUGGAAAGGGGAGUGGCGAAGCACCUGUUUCCUCCAGUCCCAAGGCUUGGAUGUCUAUUGGCAUGCCGUUGCUGGUGGCAGGACUUGGGGCUAUUGCUGGGUCCUAUGUGUAG